UCUCCUAGGAACGCGAACUAGCGAAACUCAAAACAAAGGAUCUAUAAUCUAUUCGAUUUAUUAGAUGUUCUAGCUGAAGCUAAUUCUUCAACAUGUCCGCCGUGACUCCCAACUCCUGCGUGGAGACGCCCAAGGCGCCGGAAUGGCUGUCGAAGCUGGAGAGCCGUCGAGAGCAACUGAAGCGCUCCAAACUGGGACAUGAAGCCGGAGCUGGAGCUCCCUGCGCGGAGUGCAAGGACAAGUGUCCUGGCCUGGAUUUGCACUUCUGGCGCAAAGUGUGUCGCAACUGCAAGUGCCCGAAGAAUCAGCAUGUAUGUCCAGACGACGAUGACGCGACAGGUUGGGCGCAGUUCGAGAUUUUGGGGCAGAUCAGGGCCAAGCCAGCAUACAUCAAAAUCAAAGCCCUGGCCAGUCAACCAGUUCAACUAGAGUGGGUGCCACCAAAUGCCGCUCCGGAUGUGGUUACAGACUACAUGGAGAAAUUAGGCACAGCUCGCAUACCUGUGGCUGGAAGUGAUGCUGCACUUAAGCGGAAACUGCAGCUUGAGCUCCAGGUGCCUCCGCACGAUCUGGAUGCCGCCCUGUGCGAUGGAUUGACGGAAACGGAGGCCAUCCAACUGCAGCAGUAUGUCCAGAAGUUACGAGAGCAAUGCGUCGGUCAGGGCGUGGUCGUGCGUCUGGGUGAUCGUCUCAAUCAUGCCCUAGUGGAGCAUGUGGCCCCCGGUUCGAUAGCUUCCCAUGAGGCGUCUAAAACAUGGCAAUCUUUGGGUCUCUCACCGGUGGCCGAUGACACUCUAAACGAACUUUUGGCCAAUCCCAAGGUAGCGCAGGCUUUGGCCAGUCCACCCAGCGCGCAGCCCAAGCUGCUCGUGGCUUUUUCAGAGCCCUUAUCCGACUCCACAGUUCAAUUCGAGGAAAACGGAGCUCUGCGGGCUCAAACCCGGGAAAAGCUUUUGGGGAUCAGCAAGCCAGCCUUGCAGAGCCUUGUCAGUCAUGGCGCUAUCUACGACAAGGUGCUUGGAAUUUUACAGGAAAAUAAGCUGAACAUUUCGAGGGAUCCGAAACUAGGUCCCAUUUCCGAGUUUCGUAAGGAGUAUGUGAACAAUCCCCAGUUCAGGGCCGAGAUCAACAGCAUUUGCCCGCAGCUGCCCAUGACGCCAAUGAAAUCAUCUCCAGGCACCCCCUUCAACUCUCCGUUGCCGCUAAAGAACCCGGUGCAGAUCAGAUUCGGAGCACAGAUGCGCCAGGAUACGCCCAUGCGUCGGGUCAAGUUUGGCGGCGUAUCCACUAUUGUUUACGAUUGCGGACUGCCCGCCAAUACGGAUUACGAGCGGGAUCCGGUCUUUGCGCAGAUCCUCCAGGCUGAGCCGCUUAAACACGCGUUGCAGGAAGCGCGGGCUGGUCGUAAUCCGCCCUCGGUGGUUAUUUCCAACAUUUCGGCUCCUGUGGCGAGUCUCGCGGACCUUAAAGGCCUUACUUCUGCCACUAAGGCACAGCUCCAAUCCGUGGGACUGGACAGAGACAUGCUGCAGUCCGCUGUAUCUAACGCACCUUACUAUGAUCGUCUUUUUCGUUCGCUCCAUGACAAGGGCAUCUCGCAUGAACAAUGCCAAUUGUUGCAGCCACUUAAACAAGUGCACGACUGGCUGCUGGAUGACGAUCAGUUGCUGGACGAGAUAGACAAGGUCUUCGCUGAUAUGGCUAAUGGAAUGAAGGAUAUUUCAUAUCCAAAACCCAGUCUUGGCGAGAUGCCCACAUCGCAGAGUAGCGAUUCUGGCUUCCACUCGAAACCCCCGACUCCGGGAUACGGCAACGAGGAUCUAACCGCAGGGCAGGGCAGAUUCGCCAGCAUUCCCGGUAUAGAGGACAUGAACAUGUAUCCAGGUUGCGCCGGCAUGCCAGAGCAGUUUCAGCAGUUGCGUCUCUACGGAGAGAAUGCUCCAGGCAAAGUUCUUUCAGAUGCUGAGCGAACCAUCAUGUGCGCCGACUGCUUUAAACCCAUUGUUUAUGGCGAAGUGGCCGUCAAGGCGGAUCGUGCUGGAAAGGAGAUCGCCUGGCAUCCAGGCUGCUUCAAGUGCAUCACAUGUCGGGAACUUUUGGCUGAUUUGGUGUACUUCUUCCACCAGGGGCAGGUAUUCUGCGGUCGCGACUUGGCCAUUAAGCUGAAGAUCCCGCGGUGCCGAGCCUGCGAUGAGCUGAUAUUCACCAAGGAGUACACGGCAGCUGAGGAGGCGACCUUUCACAUCAAGCACUUCUGCUGCUAUCAGUGCGAUGAGCCGCUGGCCGGACAGCAGUACAUCGCGGAUGAGAAGUCCAACAUGCCGCUGUGCCUACUGUGCUAUGACCGCUUGUUUGCAGUGUGCUGUCAACGCUGCAAAACAGCAAUCGGACCUGCGGAUCAGGGUGUGGCUUGGGGCGAUGUCCACUGGCAUGCCAGUUGCUUUGUCUGUGCAGGAGCCCAGUGCUCGAAGCCGCUGAUAGGAGGACGUUUUUGCGUGAAGGAAAACAUGCCCUUUUGCAGUCCCGCCUGCGUGCGAAGCGUUGUUAAUUGAGGCAGCUAAGGAACCACUCCAGUAUUCGUAUUCAUUUAAUAUACAUGCACAAAGGAUCAAAGACAUAAUAACCCGGUAUUUGAUGUUCAAUAGAUGCCACAGACUCAAAG